CAGGCGCUCGGAGAAUGCAUAGCUGCUGCGUUGGUGCUGAAGGAAGGACUUGAACCUGAGCAGGUGCAGCCAAAGGACAUUUUGCGCUACACCGAGAAGGAAUUAUCUGAUGUGAUGCAGCCAGAGGUCUUUGUUUAUCUUCCCAAAGACUUGCUGCCUACCACUGCCACAAAGAAGUUCAUCCGGGCAGGGCUGGCACAGAAGCUGGGGUUAUGUGAUUUACUCAGCGGGCAGGGAGGUGCAUUUAUGUACCAAGACGGGGGCUUCACACCUUGUGACUUCAUUCUGGGUUCGAAGCUACGUGAUUCUCUUGGACAACUACGGGAUGCGAAUUACAAGGAAUUGACAGAGCAGCGCAUCAAGGACGCUCUCUUUGGUGUCGGUAUUUUGCAGGUGAUGAUCAAGCAUUGGUACGAAGGCAAGUAUGAGCCAGACGCUUGGGCAGGUUGGUUCUUUGUGAUGACGCAAGUGGCGGAGAGCCAAAUGUUGACAAUGACCUUAUUUUUCUUACUCAGCGGGCACACUGCCUCUCUAACUACGACCUGGUCUGGACGGCGCCACCGUUGGAUGGGGCUGUAUCUCCUCAUGACCCUUGCAGCGAUUCAAGCCAUUUGGACGAAGUCAAUGAGAUUGGAUUGGUUUUUCUCUUGCUUAUUGCUCACGGAGAUAGCAUGUGCCUUCACCCUCGAGUUUCCAAAGCUGUGCAAUCUUGGGCCUGUUGGGGGGUCCGUCGCAGCUGGAAUUGAUAUGCUUGCAUUCGUUUUUGCGGCUGCAUGGGCUGGCACAACGAAUUUUCCUUCUACUUGGUACUUCACCACGCUUGCUGACCAAACCGGGUGGACCUUGCGGAUUGGCAUUCGGGAAUCCUGGGGGAACAUUCUCAUCGGAAACAUUGAUCUGCAGUUCGGAUUUUGGAUGGGCGGCAUGGUUUUUCUGUGGGGCGCGGCCUUUGUCUUUGGAUACCAGUUUCUGCCCAUGCUGAGCAAGGUUCUAUGGUCUCGCCUUUGGUUGCUCCAACUACUAUCACGACUGGAGGUUCGGCUCAUGGCAUUCCUGACGUGUUGCUGGGUGAUUGCUCAGCCAAGUUGGUACCUCUUUGACCCUCAGCCCGCAGUGGACCAGUGGGCUUCGAAGGUUUUGGCUGCCACCUUGGCCUUUAUUGGAAGUCUUAUCUUCGUGGGGCUCAUUGCCAUCGCUGUUGGGAACACUUGGCUUUUUCAGCAGGCUGGUCGUUUCUCCAUGGGCGCUCUCUUGACACACACGAUGUUCGGCACUAGAUAUGCCGAAUACGGAGAUGCACGUCACAGCUGGCCUUUCCACGACGCGCUGCAGCUUCCCGCCUUGCAUGAGCAGCCUGUGCUUGUAGCCUUCUUCCUGUUUGCGCUUCCCGCCCUUUAUGUGCUCUCGGUUGGUCGAUGGGCCCAAGCAGCGGUGGAUUGCCUGCUCCUGUGCCCGGCAGUUGCCUUCCCUUUGUGGCUGUGCUUCUUGGCGCUGUAUCAAAGAGUGCUGUAGCCUGCAGGCCACCAGUGUUUCGCCAUUGCCGCGCGUGCGUCCAGAACACUGACUUGCAUUGCGUCCCUCUGGUUCAAAAGAGGCGGCACGCACAAGCUGCCCACCGCAGCGCGAAACUUGUGACGGCGUUUGUAAAAGGGGCUACUGAGAG